GUGACAAAUUCAAAUGUAUAUUGUGGAAUACAACAAACACAAGGGUCAAUAUAUAAUUGAGGGAGUUUCCAUGAGAUUUAUCUCGCAAACAUGCUUAUUAAAAUAAAAUUUUAAAAGUCUUCAGUGUUCUUCAUGAUCUUGUCUUUACAAAUUCCAUAGUUAAUUAUUAUGGAAAUCAUUUAUUUAUAAAAAUUUACUAGAUAUCCCUAAAAUGUCAACUAAAUAACCGUCCGAAAUGAAUUACAACCACAAUCUCAUUACCUAAAAAAACAUUUAAAAAACUUUUUUUAAUUAUAUUAUUUACAUUAAGUUGAAGUAAUUGUGAACAAUGUGUCUUUUUGGGCAAUAUGUCACAUUUUCAAUAGAAAUUGACAAAUUGAAUAUAUGUCCGAGAAGUCGCUGUCAUCUAAGUUACCCAUAGCAAAUACACCCCUCAAGGAAGAGUGUGUUUUCCAAAUCACAUGACCUGCUCCACAUGAUGUCAUUUCCUCCUGAAGAGAAAACUAGCAAGACUCCAAGGAAAAGAACAAAAAGGAUGCUCGGAACAAGUCCAGUCAGUAAGGAUGUGCGGAGAACUCUGGUCUAUCAUCAUGCACUUGUGAAAAGCCUCAAACAAAAAUUUCAGUGUGCAGCAAAAGAAAAGACCAGGAACCUAAUCGCCAGAAUCGUAUCUGGAAAAAUAUUGAAAAAAUACAGGUUCCAGAAAAUCAUUCAUGACACACUGGGGGUCUCAGCCAAACGAUUCUGCAAGAAUGUGAACACAAACGGGGACGAAAUAGCCUGUUUUGCCAGGAAGAAAUACAUAUCCACACACUCAAAACUGCAAGACCAGGUUGUUGCCUUUUACACCAGGGAUGACGUAAGUCGUUCAACAGCAGGUAAAAAGCAGACCGUAACAAAGGGAAAAGUAAAAAAGCAGAAGCGGUUUAUGACUGACACCAUGAAAAACCUCCAUAGGAAAUUCCUGCUGGAAAACGUCUCUAGCAAACUUUCCUAUACACUCUUCUGCCGAAUGCGCCCAUACUGGGUAGUCCAUCCAACCAUUGCAGACCGAGAUACGUGUCUAUGUAAGGUGCAUGAAAAUUUGGAAUUUAUCGUGGAGAAACUUCAUGGACUUAAACUUCUGGAGAGAACAGAGUUGGAAUCUCUUGCUGAGGAAACUUGCUGUAAUCCAACAUUUAAGCCAUGCAUGUAUGCGGAAUGCAAGAACUGCAAACUACAAGACCUCAAGAUUCAGUCUGGCUAUGAUGGUCAAACCCAAGUUUCUUAUGUGCAGUGGACAACUGAAACUGUCCUCAGAGAGAAGAAAAGUGGUGACAGCAAAGAAAAGUUGCCUGUGAAUAUCACCGUGAAGAGGGAAAUGGAGAGUUCUUUGGAGGACCUGAUUGAGACUUUCCAGAAACAGCUCAAAAAGUUCAAAAGGCACUUGUUCAACAUCAAGACCCAGUUUAACUACUACAGGGAAUUGAAAAAGAACAUGAAGAGUAAUGAAUGCCUCAUACACAUUGAUUUCUCUGAAAACUACUCUUGCAAGUUUCACAAAGAGAUUCAAGCUGUCCAUUUUGCCUCUUCUCAUCAACAAGCAACUCUUCAUACAGGGGUCCUCUACAUUGGUGGUGAGGAAGACCACUUGUGCUUCACAACAAUUUCACCAUGCAAAGAAAAGGGUCCACCUGCCAUAUGGGCACACCUCUCCCCAGUACUUAACCAUCUCAAGGAAACAUGCCCAACAGUGUCAAUUAUCCACUUUUUCAGUGAUGGUCCCUGCUCACAAUACAGGCAGAAGGGCAACUUUUACAUGUUGACAACUGAAUUGUACAACCAGGGUUUUACUGCGGGCACUUGGAACUUUUUUGAGGCCAGCCACGGGAAGGGUGCCCCCGAUGGGGUAGGAGGCCUUCUGAAGAGAACAGCUGACAGAUUGGUGAGUCAAGGUGAAGACAUUUCCACUGCUAAACAUCUUUUCAAUGCAUUGGUAAACACCAAUACAGCUGUCAAGAUCUUCUACAUUGAAGAGGCUACAGUGGAAAAGGCCAUACAGCAGAUGCCACAACGACUCCCCGCUGUACCAUGCACUAUGCGGAUUCACCAGGUCAUCACGCAAGCACCAGGGAAACUGACAUACCGUUAUGUGAGCUGCCUGUGUUCAACAAGGCAGAUUCUGCAAUGUCAGUGUUACCAAGCUCAGGCCUUCGACUUCAAAGUCAACUCAGCUGUUCCUGCAUUUCACCAAGAACAACCAGACCUUGAAGUACAGUGGGAUAGAGAUGACAUUGUUGGUCAGUGGUGUGUCAUCAGAUAUGAUGAUGAGGUUUACCCUGGAACCAUUGUUGAAGUGAGUGAGACACAUGUUCAUGUUAAGUGCAUGCACAGAGUGGGACACAAUCGUUACUUCUGGCCAAUGCGAGAGGAUGCGCUCUGGUUGAUUCCUGCCCCACAGCACGUGACAGCACGUCAUGUUGAAAUAAAAAGAGAUGUGUGGGAAGAUAUUGCCAAAUCAUAUCUUAAUGGCUAAGGACACACACACACACACACACACACACACACACACACACACACACACACACACACACACACACACACGCUAACAAACGUGGCACAAGCACACGGUCAAGCACACACACAUAUAGACAGUCACACACACACACACACACACACGCACACACACUCACUCAAAGAUUACUUGAUUGAACUUGACAAAGUCAUUGAAAAAUGGGGGGGUUAGAAAAUGGGGAGUGUGUUCUGUCUCCGCCGGUUUCAUGGGUGCCUGUAAGUUGGAGGGUAUGCCAAUGUUUUACUUGGGUUCUGACAUAUGAAUGUUUUUGAGAUGCAACUGUUUGCACUAUUAAAAUUUUGAUUCAAUGCAGCACACUUAUUUUGUUAACCAACAGAAUAAAACACUAUUUGGUUAUUGUUA